AUGUCUUGUGAAUGUGGAGAGCAAGAAAUGUCUGAGCGACAUCUUCUUGAUCGAACGUCUGUCGCAGAGAGUCAUCUGGUUAUGUCUGCCCCUGCUCAUAAACCAGGUAGCCUACAGCACUGGAAGGAAUUUAUGUGUGGCGGAGGCUCAGCAUUCUGCAAUAUACUCAUCAGCUAUCCACUGAACAAACUGAUAUUUCGACAGAUGAUGCAUGGCGUGCACACAACUUUUGCUCUAAACCAAUUGCAGAGAGAAGGCCUCACAUACCUGUACCGUGGAAUGUUACCACCUUUACUGCAGAAAACUUUGUCUAUGUCUGUAAUGUUUGGUGUUUAUGAUGAAUCUCUACAACCUCUGCUAAGACUAGGAUUUGAUCCUUAUCUUGCGAAAGCCACUUCUGGAAUAGUUGCAGGUUGUUGCGAAGCUACACUAAUGCCAUUUGAAAGAGUACAAACACUACUAAUUCAUCCUGAAUACCACUACAAAUUUAAAAACACUGCUCACGCAGCAAUGCACAUUGCCAAACAUUACCCUAUAAAAGAGUUUUAUAGAGGAUUAUUGCCUAUUUUAUUUAGAAACGGCCCAUCUAACUCUCUGUUUUUCAUAUUACGUGAUGAAGUGAAGGCUAGAAUGCCGCAACAAGAGAACAAUUUAUAUCAGGGCAUACAAAACUUUGUAGCAGGGGCAUCAAUUGGUGCUUUUCUAAGCACUUUGUUUUAUCCAUUGAAUGUUAUUAAAGUAAACAUGCAGUGUAGGCUUGGUGGUUCACACCAAUCAAUAUUUUUUGAAUUUAAGGAUAUAUUAAGUAAAAGAGAUUUUAAAUUAUUAAAUUUGUAUCAUGGAGCAUUGCUAAAUAUUUCGCGGGCAUUUUUAAGUUGGGGUAUCACCAAUGCUUCUUAUGAAGUAUUGAAAAAGAUUUUGUAA